AUGCGCAAACGUCAACGCCGCCUCGCGCCCUACGACGACGCCGGCCUCAUGUCUGUUCACGAGCAGCCCAGGGACACGACUUGGUGGGAUGCGCUGUCAGAUGCAAGAGCUGCUUCGCCGGGCUACGAGCAUGCCCUGGACACGGUCUCCUAUGCUGAGCUCCUUGCCCAAGUCUGUUCACCCACCACUACCCCUCUCGCCCGUACGCCUUCAACCACUACCCCUCAUCACACAACCUCGUCUCCAUGCCAGUCUCAGUCUCCAUCCAGCACCGAAGCUGUCGUGGCCAGCCUUGUGGCUCAGUGGCUUCAAAACCACGAGUCGUCCGUCUCUCCUCUCCUCCAGGACCUCUUUCGCAGCAAGGGCUACCAGCUCGUGCCCCUCAAGCCCUCACGCCCUCCCGCCUCAUACUCGCCGUCGCGACGCAAGAAGCCGAGUUCCAUGGUGGCAUGGUGGGCGCGUUUCCUACGCCUCACUGCCUCGGAUAUCACCCUCACGCCCUCCCAGCUAGCUCUUGUCUCGUUACCAUUGGAGGUGCUGGCUGGAUUUGACAGCCUCCCUCUGCCUACUUCGCCUGCCUUGGACCUGGCCUCCAACCCUGUCGAGUCCACCUUUUUCACAAACUCAAUUCUCUUUACCAUCACCCUAUCUGCAUCCUCGUUCCGCAUGUCUAUCCUUUGCCUAACAAUGCGCCUCUUCUUCUUCAUCGCCUCGCAGCCAUCAUUUUGGGCUGCCCACGCCCAAAACCAACUGUUUAAUGCCAACUCGCGACUCGAGCGCCUCAACGACGACUGGUACGCCCGGCUCUAUCAUACCUUGGCCCAACAUCUUCCUGUGUCUAUGACAGAGGACCUCUUUAGAGUUGAGCUUGACACGUGGCGCAAAGCUGGCAGAAAGUACGCUUAUAUCGCUCAUCACCUCGGCCUUGGCUCUCUUGUCCAUCUCCGUGACUACAUCUCCCCGUCGCAGCUAUGGGGUUGCACUACGGGCGGCGAAAAGUCAUGCAACGCUACAGACGCUAUCCACUUUCUACGAAACACGCUUGGGGUUCAUCAAUUAGCUGAGAAGAGUGGAGCGGAUGCCCUAAUGCAUACACUGUUGUGGAACUUGUUCACCUCUCUGCCUUCGUUUGGCUCAAGGAUGGGGGCAGGACAGCCGUUUCCGGGAUUCGGGCCAUUGCAUAGGGACGUGGUGAUGGGCGAGGAGCGCAAACAAACAAAGACGACAAAGGCGACGAAACAGGCGAGCCAAGGAAAAAAGGAGACUAAACAACAAUACGCAAGAGACGACUCUAUCAUUUCCUGUCAGCUUAGACUUCAACAAUACGCAACAGACGACUCUGUCAUUUCCUGUCGGCUUAGACUUCAACAAUACGCAACAGACGACUCUAUCAUUUCCUGUCAGCUUAGACUUCAACAAUACACAACAGACGACUCUGUCAUUUCCUGUCCGCUUAGACUUCAACAAUACGCAACAGACGACUCUGUCAUUUCCUGUCCGCUUAGACUUCAACAAUACGCAACAGACGACUCUGUCAUUUACUGUCCGCUUAGACAUUGGCCCUUUCCUACCGCACACGUACUCGGGCAACGAAGCCAAUCUUUCUUGCUUCCGUCAAGUCAACGUCAGGUCAUGCCAGCUUGCUUGGGGACUACUACCCAGGGCCAACAAUGCCGCCUAGGCGCGACAAGAGCCUCCGUACAUGGAGAUGUGGGCGUGAUGAAUCGCUGCAAACGUCAUGAACACCAGAGCAAGGAUUUUGGUGCUGCUGCAGCGACGCCGACCCCAAACACAAGAGACGACGACGAUGUAAACACAAGAGACGACAACCAUGCCAAGAAACAAAAGACUAGCCAUCCCAUCCACAACGCCAUCCUCUUCACCAAACUCAUGCCCCCUCUUCGCUUGCGCUACCUCUCAGCACCGCCAGACUUUCCGCCCAUGUAUCGUCGUCCCCGUCGAGAUAAACGGCUACCACAAUUCGUUCGGCCCAAGGAGUGA